GCGGCUCCGCCUCCGCGUCCCGGCAGCGCCUGAGCCCGGCCGGGAGCGAUCAGGGAGAGCGGAGCCCAGCUCGGCCAGGCGCGCAGAGGCUACGCGGGGCACGGUCCUCAGAGCCAGCGGGAACCUCGAGGCGGCGGGAACGAGACGGCGGGGUCGGCGAGGACGGCGGCGCCGGUUAAAGUCCAGUCGGCCCGACCCGGGCCAGCUGCAGACCAGAAACUACUCUCUUGGGAUCAUUCGUGAGCAAGAGACGCCCACACUGUGACAUAUGCCGGUGCCACCACCACCACCACCGCCACCUCCUCUGCCUCCACCUCCUCCACCUCUGGGGGCUCCUCCCCCUCCACCCCCACCUCCACCAGGGCCCCCGAUCAGCACAGACACCCCCAGUUUAAGGAAGACAGAGCUGAAAGGUCGGAGUGCACUGUUGGCAGAUAUCCAGCAAGGAACACGCCUGCGAAAAGUCACCCAGAUCAAUGACCGCAGUGCCCCACAAAUCGAGAGUUCAAAAGGAACCAACAAAGAUGGCGGAAGUGCUAGCAGCAGUGCUGGCAGCAAUGCCCGCGGAGGAAAUACACCCCCUGCCCUGGGAGAUCUCUUUGCUGGUGGCUUUCCUGUGUUGAGACCAGCAGGCCAAAGGGAUGUGGGAGGUGGCAAGACCGGGCAGGGCCCUGGCUCCCGAGCGCCUUCUCCCAGGCUUCCCACCAAGGCCCUCAGCGGCCCCCUUCCCUCUCCUGCAUCUCCCAGGCUGGGCAGUGCCUCAGAGACAUCCAGCUCUGUCAGGCCUGUCCCUCCUCGCCCCAGUGUGCCUGCCCCACCGCCUCCCACUCCACCCCCACCCCCGCCUCCGCCUCCGCCUCCACCCCUGCCCCCAGCCUCCCCCAACAAAGCUCCGUUGGUGUCCCCACCUGUGCCCCCAACCAAGGGGAAUGCCCCUGUGGUGCCACCCCCAGUACCCUUCACACCUCCUCCUCCUCCCCUGACACCGCCCCUGCCGCCCCCAGCUGCAGCGCUCAGUGACAAGGCAGUGAGGCCCCAACUAGCCCCCCUGCCCUUGCCACCCAUUCCGCCCCCUCUCCCUCUCCUCCCACCAUGUGGGUACCCGGGGCUCUACUCAGAGCCCAGCAGCCCUGCACAGGAGGUGCGAGACCCUUCAGUCCCGCCGCCGCCGCCACCACCACCUCCGCCGCCACCACCUCCCGUCUAUGCCUUUUGCUCCCCCAGGGCUGUGCCCGCGCCCCCUUUGCCAGGCUCGAACAACAGCGGCAGCGAGGUUCCUCCCCCUCUGCCCCCGAAGUCCCCCACCUUCCAGGUGCAGAAGGUCUUGCCCACACCUCCCAGUGUCCCCAGCUCACAAGCCAUCCUGCAGAAGAGGCGGCGAGGCCCGGGAACAGGUGGUGGAAAGCUAAACCCACCUCCAGCUCCACCUGCAAGAUCACCCACCACAGAGCUUUCCAGCAAAAGCCAGCAGUCUGGAUGCCAGCUGAGGAAUGGAAGCCAGCACGUGAUUGAUGACUUCGAGUCUAAAUUCACGUUCCACUCCAUGGAAGACUUUCCCCCUCCAGAUGAAUACAAACCAUGUCAGAAGAUUUACCCCAGCAAGGUCCCCAGAAGCCGCACACCUGGUUCCUGGCUCCAAGCUGAGGCAUCUGGGCAGAGCUCCGAUGACAUUAAAAGCAGAAAUUCUCAGCAGCUAUCUCUAAAGGCGCUCCGGUGAGAAGAUGGAUGAAGCCAAGGUCCUGAGGUUCUUGACUGGACGGACACCAGGAUAACUCGUCGAGACUCUACUAUACACAAUCCAUUCAUUUGACAUACAGGCUCUGAACUGAGCAUUUAUUUAUUGUAAAUAAUGAUUUUGCACGAACCUUAAGGCACCAUUUUAGUCAACUUUUAUUUAAGUAAUAUUUUUUAAACAUGCAUCUUGGCAUUUGUCUGUCUUAUACAGACGGAGCCCUAGCCCACCCUGUAGUGUCCUCACUGUGAUUAUAAAAUAUGCUUGCAGGCUGGUCCUACCCAGAUUCUGAAACAUUUUCCAGAGCAGUCUUAGUUUUCAAGUACUCCAAAAGUCAUAAAUAUCCACAAAAGCUUCUUAUUGGCAUGACUCUCAUCACACCAACUGCAAAACCAAACCAAAUAAUGCCUUAUAAACCACACAGCUCAGAGGAAGCAGUGUGCCCCAGAUCCAGGCGGUGCCCCACAGCCUCCAGUGAGCGAGAUGCCGUGUCUCGCUUCCUUUUUAGCAGUACAGGGAUGACAUUUUGCUGCCUAAUGUAAAUAUAUCCCAACGCAAAGGCUAGAGUGGGCCCGGCCCCUCGCAUGCCUUCCCCACAGCCCCUUUUGUAUCAGAAUUAUUUUACAAGUAGCCAAUGCUCUUACUGUUUACAGCAUCCCUAUCGCCCACUCUCCAUCACUUUCCUCCUGCCCCACCAUGUUCCCAGCUCCAUCCUGCUAGCCAGGGUAAAGUAAGCUUUAUGAGAUUUUGCUAUCCUCCUCCCACCCUUGCAGACUGCAAAUGUACAUAGUUCGUGAUCAUGGUCAGCUUAGUUUUAUCUCAGAGGUCUCCCUCCCCAAACCCCACCCUGAGUGUAGGAUUUACAUGGAAAAUACAACAUACAUUUGAAAAGUAAAGAACAAGAGGAGGCUGGGGGAAUAGACCUGCCAUACAAGCCAAAGGAUAGGCGUGAAAAGCAGGAUGGAGUCACACACAGAGGCAGAGGCAGGCAGAUCCCUGUGACUUGCUGUCCAGCCAGGCCCCAGGUCCCAGGAAGUGGCUGUCUCAUCCAAUGUGGCAACUCCUGAGGCCACAACACCCAAAGUUGACCUCUGGUCUCCACAGGCUCACUCCUCCAUGUGUACACCCCCCCCACACACACACACACAGGAACAUAUGCUCCAUAUACAAACACACACAAAAGAACAAAGCGAUUCUUGGAGUAUAUCUCAAACAUCUGGCCCCAUUCGUAGGAAUCCCAGAAACCCCAUCAGCCCAAAGGAGCUUCCCGCUGAGCAGGAGCAAAGAUGGCUCUCUUGCCUAGGGCUGUGUACCUGGGGUGGCAGGCAAAUAUAUGCAGAAGUUCAGCUGUCCUGAAUAAACAAGAGGGCCAAGACAGGCUGGGACUGCUCUUUGAGCCUCAAGGGAGUGAAACAUGCUCCAGCUUCCUGUCAGGCCCCAAAUGCUCCCAUCCCUUGGAGUGGAGAGGCUGUAGCAGAGGAGGGGGAAAAAUAGAAGGAAAGAGUCUGAUCCCUGCACUGUGCUCAGAAUAGCUGCAGACAAGGGAGGGUGGGCAGAGAGCAAUGGCGUGCUUUGGAGCAUCCCACUCAGGCAGUCACGGCACAAGGAUAUUAGCCCAUGCCAAGGCCACCCAUGGGGGUUGGCCAGGGAGAGUGGUCGGCCGUGUGUCUGCAGACACCUGACUGUCGUUUGGAGCAAACGUCCUACCUUAGUGUUGUGCUUUCUCAUUCCAGAUAGGAGACAGAGCCUGGGUCAAGUUCCCACCUUGGGGCAUGACUCAGGCCAUUGUAACCACCAUAUCAAUGGGCAUGCAGCUUCUGUGUUGCUGAUUCGUUGGGUUGGUUUUGGAAGUGUGCAGAAAGGCUCCACUCUCCUCUCAAAGUGAUAAUCAUAAAAAGCUUUAAUUACUGUGAUGAGGGCCAGCAGUGAGGCAGCCCCCACCUUUGAGGGGCUGUAGACAGCUUGCCCAUCUUGCUUGCUGGCACAGAAAUGAAAACUCUUCAAGAGUGGUGGGGGAGAUGUCUCUGUCGGUAGAUCUCCUCCGACCCAAUCAUGAGGACUGGUAUUCAUAUCCCAGGACCCACAUAAAAGCCAGGUAUGGGGGUGCAUGUCGGUAACCCACAUCCAGGGUGUUAGGUAAAGAUAGCUGAUCCCAGGAAUGUCAGCGCCCAGGUAACCUAGCCAAAUUGGUGAGCUGCAGGUUUAGUGAGAAACUCUAAUACGAAGGCAGAGAUAGACCCAAACCACACCUGUUAUUGGCCUCUACAUGCUUGUGCGCACAUGUACUCAUGCACACACAUACACACACAUACACACACAUACACACACAUACACACAGAAACACGUGUUUUCUUUUUAAAAAAAUAUUUGAGGACAGAGGGAAGGAACAAGCAGAAACCAAAAACAGCAAACAAGGAGCAAUCUCAGGGAUCUGGCCUAGCAGCUCUCCUCAAAACCUGUCACUGAGCCCCUCCCCCCUCCAAAUUCAAGUGGGCACACUCAGUUCCCACCAGCAGUGUACAGGCUGGGCCCCUGACCGUGAACUCACAUGCAGAGGCAUCCCCGUCCACCCUCACGUUACAGACUGUGACUCCCCCAAUGUCUCCUCUGUAUUUUAUAUUUACUGCUAUCUCCCGCUGCCGAUUCAUUCCUUUGUACCUAAUAAACUUUAAUAAGUGAGAAUGUUA